UUUUUUAUGAAAGUCUUUGACCCUCAGUAAAAAACGGAUAGCGUAGAAACCUGAGACGCAGCAAGGGUACCAGCGCAUCGUUGCAGCGCAGAGAUUGGAGUGCAGUUGCACUGCACGCGCGUCCGCACCCGCUCAGUACCGAAACCGCAGUGGGACACCACAAGCUGCUUCGCGGCGGCGCGACGCGCGAGCAAAAGCGCACCACAGCGCAACGCCAAGCGCACCACUACAGCGCAGCGCCAACGUAAGAACAACGCAAGAACAAAGCAAGAGCAACGCAUAACUCAUGGCGGCGACGAGCAAAAUAUACUUGCCAGACGCCAAGCUCGUCUGGGUCCCCGCCGACGUCCUCUCCAGUAACGACAACACCGUACGAGUGGCCAAGUACGUGCCCGACCCCACAACAAAAUUAGACGACGAAACGCCAUCAUCGACAGAAGAAGUUGUGCUCAAGGAGCCCUUCGCUUCGGUGGAAUCCUUGCCCUUGAGGAACCUCGACCUGCCCGACGCGGGUGCUGAUGAUAUGGUGUCCCUCGACUACUUGCACGAGGCGUCGGUGUUGUACAACUUGCGAAGAAGGUAUUUUGCUGCUUUACCCUAUACGUAUACGGGGACGAUGUGCAUCGCCGUGAACCCCUACAAAUGGCUCGAUUUGUACUCGGAGGAGAAUAGACUACAGUACGCGAAGAAGAAGCGCAAUGAGCUGCCGCCGCACGUUUAUGCGAUUAGCGCGAUGGCGUAUGAUGGCGUAGCAGCUCGAUCCGUCGGCGGCGCGGCCGCGGGCGUCGACCAAAGUAUAUUAGUGAGCGGCGAGUCCGGCGCGGGCAAGACGGAGACGGUCAAGAUCAUGAUGGGCUAUUUGGCUUCGGUGGCCGGCCAGACCGACGGCGUCGUCGUGAAGCGCGUUUUGGAGUCGCAGCCUCUGUUGGAGUCCUUCGGCAACGCUAAAACUGUAAGAAACGACAAUUCGUCGCGCUUCGGCAAGUUCACGCAGCUCGAGUUCGACGCGACGGCUCGGGUCGGUGGCGGCGACCCGCCUUUAGUAGGUAGUAGGUGUCGGACCUAUUUACUGGAAAAGAGCAGGAUCACGGGCCAGGCGCCGGGCGAGCGGGCCUACCACUGCUUCUAUGGGGUUGCUAGAGGUCGAACAAACUCUCGGUUAGAUUUGACGCAGCAGCGCUUCACUGCAAAAGGCGACCUUGCCACGAAGUCCAUAGAGGGCGUGGCCGAUCCGGAUCGCUUCGCCAAGACCUGGGACGCUUUGAGACUUGUGGGAGUGGAGGAUAACGAACGGGACGCCAUCGCUGAUCUACUAGAAGUUACUUUAUUGCUCGGCGACGUCGACGUCGAAGCGACGUCCACCGAACAAGGAGAAGGCUCUUCCUUACUCCAAGAUAACGCAUCUACGAAAGCAUCCCAAGCCCUAGGCGUAAACACGGAAGCCCUGGGCAAAGCACUCACGGAGCGAACGGUGAAAGCCCGCAACGAGACCUUCAAGGUCCCGCUCACGCAGCAGCAAGCGCGGGACGCGAGAGACGCCCUCGCGAAGGAGAUCUACGUGCGGACCUUCGACUACAUUGUUAGUAAAAUUAACACGGCCACGUCUUCGGGGGAUGUGGACCGGGCGAUGCGGGUCGUCGGUUUGUUGGACAUCUUUGGCUUCGAGUCGUUUGCUGUGAAUCGCUUCGAGCAGUUGUGUAUUAACUACACGAAUGAGAAAUUACAGCAGAAGUUUACCUUGGACUUGUUCAAGACCGUGCAGCAGGAGUAUGACGAAGAAGGGGUGCCCUGGACGCAUGUGGCCUUCCCGGACAAUGCCGCCGUAUUAACUUUGAUAGAAGGUAGGAUGGGCAUCAUCGACGUGCUGAACGAGGAGUGCGUGCGACCUCGAGGGAGUGAUGAGGGCUUCGUGUCGAAACUAACGACGCUGCAUGGUACCGAGUCUACAAGGUACAUACCCCAUAAGAUGAACAAGGACCAGUUCACGAUCAAACACUACGCCGGGGAUGUUACUUAUACCGCUCAUCAUUGGUUAGAAAGAAAUACGGAUGCCUUACCGGAAGAUCUGGCCGGUGUCGCUCGGAGUAGUUCAUUCACGAUGCUCUCCCAGUUAUUCUCUUCGUCAGUCGUCACGACGAAGAAGAAGGGUAAGUUGGUGAAGGACACGGUGUGUACGAAGUUCAAAGCACAGUUAACAUUACUGAUGGAGGAGAUUGAAAGAACAACAGUACAGUACGUGAGGUGCGUCAAGCCCAAUUCCAUUAAAAGUUCGUCUCAUUAUGAUGUGGAGAUGGUCGUCGAUCAAUUGAGAUGUGCGGGCGUCAUCGAGGCUAUAAGGGUGGCUCGGGCGGGCUAUCCCAACAAAUUACCUCACGCCGAAGUACCUCGACGGUUCGGGUUACUAUGUGAUACUUCGGGAUCGACCCUACAGUUAUGUAAAGCUUUGAUAGGCGAAGAGCCGGCCACGCAGAAGCGCGACGGGCCCUAUGCCGUUGGUAGUACACGAGUGUAUUUCAAGGCUGGUGUGUUAGAGGCUCUGGAACGGCGUCGGGCCGACGCGCUGGGGGAACGGGCCAUUGUCGUGCAAGCGAGGUGGCGCCAGAUCCGCCACACACGUAGAUACAAGAGUGCUAAGCAAGGUGCUAAGAAAGUGCAAGCGCGGCACCGGAGGUAUAUCGCUAGACGUCUCUACCUCAAAACAAAAGCCGCAUCCAUCUUAGCGCAGUCGGCGCGGCGCGCGUUGAUGGCGCGGAAGCGCGUGGCGGCAUUGAGGCGUAAUAGAGCUGCAUCGCGCGUCGCGGCGACGUGGCGCGGCCGGAAAGAAAGACGGGCCUAUGAAUUACUAAGGACGAACGCGGUCACUAUACAAAAAGUGCAAAGGCGGCGCGCCGCCGCCUCAUUGUUCACGAAGAUGGCCAGCGACGCCCGGGAGCAGGCCAAGCUCGAGAACCGCCUCGCGGCCAUGGAGGCUAAACUCAGAGACGCCCAAUCUAAGAACGAAGAAGAGGAAGGUGCAUUGGUCGCGAACGCCCUCGUCGAUCUACGAAGCGCCAACGCGGACCUAAGGAAGGAAAACGAAAAGUUACGAAGCGAGAACGCUGCGCUCAAGAAGAAGGUGAGCGACCUAGAGCAGGAGAAGGCCAUCCGGGCCGACGUGCUGGCCGCGAGCCGGGCGCAGCAUUUCGCAGAACCGCCUAAACCCGUCGCCAAGAAGACCGUGUCCUCACCUAGAGCCGCAGAUACAACUCCAGACAAGAAGAAGCAGUCGCGGUUUGCUGCUUUGGUUGGUUCCCUCGGGUUCGGGAACACGCCCACUACAGAAAAGGAGGUACCGCCGACACCUUCCUCAGGUCGGAGGGACCGACGAGCGCCGCACAUCGCGCGGCCGCUCAACCGCUUCUGGCAGGACGUGCCCGCCGGUUCAUUGGAGAGUGCGCUACCUUCCACACCGAACGACGUCGCUAGAGUACAUUUAAAAGUGGGCGGCCAGUACUUGUGCGCUACCGGUGCUAGAGGUUGUGCCCUGGAACCUGUACCGCAACAGCCCAAGUCUCCCUCUUCAUCAACGGCGGAUGGGAGGGACGCGUGCUACUUGCGGUGCGAGCCGCCCGUCCAGGUCAGCGCCCAGGUCGCGCGGGCGAACGGCCAGACGGGGGCGAACGGGGGCGACUUCGGUUAUAGGACGGCGAUGGCGUUCAUCGUGGAAACGGCUCAGAAAGGGACGUUCCGGUUGAGAUCUGAAUUAACCGGCGGCUACGUGAAUGUUGGUGGUUUAUUUCAGCGCUACUGCCUGUGCGCCUCAGCACCGACCGCCGCCGAAGCAACAUCAUUCGAGUUCGUAGCGAGGCAGAAGGACGGGAACGAACCGGUCGGCGAGCCCGAUCCCUCUUCUCCGGGUGGUAGGGACGCGUCGAUGGAGCGGUUGCGAGCGCAACAACUAUUAGUAGCGUUACGGGCGGCGGACGGGCCGAAGCGAGGCCACUUCGUGCGCGUGCGGCCCGACGCCUACGUCAACGUCGCGCCGCCUUCUUCUCCUGAUGCUGCCAGAGGCGCUUUACCCGCGGAUGAUAGGACGACGCCUCUAUUGAGCGUGGAGCUGCUCGUGCCGCUGUCACAGUACGAGGUGACCUUCGUGGCGUCGCAGCUCGGUUUGAUUGUCUCGAAGACGAUGCCGCUCAAAGUCGUCCGCUUCAAGGACGUCGGCGCGUCGCUCGCGCCGGCGGCAGAGUUGAGUGGUAGAAUCGCGGUCGGCGACGUGCUGGCGACGGCUGAUGGGAGGGACAUCACCCAAUGUUCGAGGAGGGAGGCCGUCGACGUGAUCACGUCGACGCGGCCCAUCACGAUCGGGUUCCGCGUCGGGGAGGUGUGAGUAAUGUGUC